CAAUCGCGUUGCUCACACGUUCAUUAGUGUACAGUGUUUAGUUUUGUUUAGUUUAGUAGUGUUCAGUUGCCGUUGUGAAUGCAAAUGGUUUUGUAUGGAAGUAUGGACAGCUUCCAAAGAACCAAUGGGGAACAACCAACGAAGAGUGGUGCCAAGCGAAAAUUGUGUUCAACCGACGCGAUCGUUUCUAAAAGACCUCUACCGACGGUUGAUGCUUUUACACAAACAGUGGAACGGGAUGGUUGGGCCGUCGUGGAAUAUCUCAGACACUGUUUCGAAGAGAUUGAACAACGCAAAGCACAAGGUUCUGCAGAAACAAGUAAGGAAGUGGAACCAGCGACCCGGUGUAUUAGCGCAACAAUGUGCACACCAUCUACGGAAAGAGUAGCUGAAGCAUCUACACAAACUGAAGAAUUGGAAGACACGAAAAUUGUAGAGUAUAUUAUUCAGAUUAGAAAAAGUUACAGUGAACGUAAUUAAUGAAAAAAAGCUUGCCAACCUCAAAGCUCAAUGUUAGGUUAUGGUUUAUGUUGGGCUGAUUUUGUGCAUAUGAAUAAAGCCGCCGGGUGUAAUUAAGAUAAUUAAAGUUCUUUCAUAUUCCUCUAUCUUAGUUUUGUCACUUAGUUUGGAUUUGAGGUUUAUCUGCAAUAUUACAAGCAAGCGCACGGUAUAAUUCUUUUUGUACUAAAAGAAACAAAACAAGAUAAUCAAAUGUAAACAUUUAUUUCCUUUGAUUAUACUUUUCGCAGAAUAUCCUUAAGUCAGGUUUUACAAUUUUCACUUAAACUAAACCAUGUGGUUUUACAAUACCUUGAUGCACAUUCUGUCGGCGCACUGUGCGCUUCGUCUUUCUUCGCUACACGAUCUCACGACGAUUGCUUAACACUGGUAAAGAGGAACAAUAAAUUACU